UGCCUCCUAGAUCGCUGGCGGUUCUCUGGAGCCAGCUUAUUGGUCUGAAGCGGCCCUUCUCCUGGACCCCCCCCCGUCGACCAAUGGGCGGCGGUGGGGGCGUGCCGCGAGGCGGGCGGCCGCGGUGCAGGGCUCCCUUCCUCGUGUUCUGCGUUGAACCCCGGCUGCCGCUGUCUCCCCUGCCACUGCCGCCGUCGCUGUUGUCCCUGCCCUGCCGAGUCCGGCCCACUCCUAGGGUUCCCCCGCAAGGCUCCUGCUGUUAUCCUGGAGCAUGGGAGGCUGCUGAGCUUGAGCGGCGGUGUCCGGCAGGAGCUGUGUGUCUCACCUCGUGGCAGGGAGGGCGUCCAUGGCUGCAGCCAACAAGGGCAACAAACCCAGAGUCCGGAAUAUCCGCUUUGCAGCAGGCCAUGACGCAGAAGGCUCCCACAGCCAUGUCCACUUUGAUGAGAAGCUGCACGACUCAGUGGUCAUGGUCACCCAGGAGAGUGACAGCAGCUUUCUGGUCAAGGUUGGGUUCCUGAAGAUCUUGCACAAGUAUGAGAUUACCUUCACUCUGCCCCCGGUGCGCAGACUGAGCAAGGACAUCCGGGAGGCACCAGUCCCCAGUUUGCACCUCAAGCUCCUCAGUGUUGUGCCCAUCCCUGAAGGUUACAGUGUCAAGUGUGAGUACUCUGCGCACAAGGAAGGAGUCCUCAAAGAAGAGAUGCUGCUGGCCUGUGAGGAUGGUGCAGGUGCUUGUGUGCGUGUGACGGUGCAAGCACGAGUCAUGGACCGGCACCACGGCACCCCCAUGCUGCUGGAUGGUGUCAAGUGCGUGGGCGCUGAGCUGGAGUACGACUCGGAGCACAGCGACUGGCAUGGCUUCGACUGAGCCCCUUGGCCGCCUUGGCACCUCAGCCUUAACCCCGCCUCGUCUCCAACUUGCUGUGUGAUGGUCUGGCUUCCUCGCCCCUCCCAGGUGUGCGUUGGGGUGGAGUGUCCAUGGCCUCCGAGACCUGGCUGCACCUGUGCCCUCACCUCUCACCUCAGCCUUCAUUUGUGCCACCACCCUGGCUGUCCUGUGACGUCCUCUCUCCCACCCCUUCCUCUCUGUGUGCCUCAGUCUCCUGCCGGAAGAAAUGGGUUAAGGCCCCAAGGGGGCUAUUUGGGGAGGGGAGGGUGAGGACCUGGGGUGGGUCCUACCUCCUGUCCACCCCAAGCUGCAGGGGCUUCAGCCAGGGUCUGGGAAAGGAUGGAGUGGCUUGUGACGCUGAUGCCCCAUUACUGCUGCUGCUCUGCCUCCACCGCCUCUCGCUCUUUCCCCUGCUGACCCUGUGAGGAGGAGGGAGAUGCAGCUCCCAGCCCCUACCCUUCAGGUCUGUGACACUGGGAUUUUAAAUGACUGGUUGGGAUAGAAGCCUAAAGAAAUAAAACUUCCAGUGGAUACCAGA